AUGCAUCUCCAGGACGUCAUUCUAAAGACGCACCUGGAGGUGCAAGGCUUCUGCACCGUCCGUUGGCUGUCUCGCGGAGAUGCUGUGAAUCGCUUCUGCGACGUGCUGCCGGUGCUGAUAUGGAUGUGGACGAAGGAGAAGGACGGGAUGGAGAAACUCGCUACCAGCUUCAAGUUCCACUACAUGCUUUACCUCCUGGCUGACGUGCUGCAGCUGCUCAACGGACUCAAUCUUGCCUUCCAGAAGCAGACGGUCGACAUCACAGAGGUGAAGAAUCACGUCGACAAGGUGAAGACCAAGCUGUCGCAGUACUACGUCGAGCCCAGCGCAUCCUACGGGCCGAACACCUCUCGCCUGAACAAGUUCCUUGCUGCACACGGCAGCAAGGACAAGCGCAAGAUGGAGCUCAAGGGAGUGGGUGGCGACGGCAAACCUGCAAAAGCCGAGAUCGAGCUCCACGAGGACAUCAUCGACCCUGAAAACCCGGGGGGGGGAUGCGACUUGGAGGCCUGCGUGGACCUGGCGCGGCGUUUCGCUCAGCGCCUGAUUAAGGCGCUGGGGAAGAGGAUGGCGGACCUGCGCCAUUUCGAUGGUGUUGGGUUUUUCACCCCUGAUAAGUAUCCCUUCCGUGCAGGAGAGCAGGACACAUGGCUGCAGCACCAUCUCACCGAGCUCCUGGACAUGUUCAAGAACCAGCUACCUGACAAGGAGGAGAAGCAGAAACCAGAUCGGGCGGACCAGGUGGCUCGGCUGAUGGGCUUGCUACAUCGCGACCACACGAAGCCACACGACCCUCCGCCGUCCGACGAGGACAACGACCAAGACGACGCCCCUGCCGCCGCCGACAAGCCUGCCGGCCCUAGCGCGGCGGCCAGCCGCUCCUCCAACAGCGGAAGGCGGCCGGCUCCUGAGAGCGCUGACGGAUCGUCAGCGUCGGCGCGGCGCGGCAGCGCACCUCCCAGCCCGUCGCACGGCAUGGCGCCGUCCGUGUCGUGGGAGGGGCAAUGCGGUUCGCGAGGCGCAACCGCGGAGUCUCCUCGCUACGCGAACGCGCCGCCGCAGCAGCCGCAAAUGCGCGGCCGCCCACGUCCGCAAGCAGUUCAAGCGCCGUCGCCACGUGGCGCUCAAGCCGUCUCACGGUCCUUCAACGACGGCGGGGCUGAAUCCCCGCACACUCCGCCGGACCAGCCCCCUCCGCGCAUCGGCCCAACAGCCUCGUCGCCGCACUCCGGCGCCGGGCCGCGUGCGCUGCCGCGGCCCAAGACCGGGGAGCAGCUUCAAGGCCCGCCGCUGCCGUCGCCGCGGGGAACGGCUUCCCCCAAGACGUGGAGCAGCAAUCCCGACGGUGCCGCCCCGGGGCACGCCGCGCCGCGAAAGAACCGAGCACCUUCCAUCCGGGUCGAAGGGUCGGCGGGCGACGACGGCGAGGGGAGGUGUUCAGGCCCCCCCGUCGCUAGUAGCGGCGGUACAACGCCGAGGGGCGGAGCGGCGCGGCCAGGUUCAUCGACGGGUCGUCGCGAGCCCGACCGCGCGAGCAGCAUGGGCGAUUUCCCCGACGCCCGCGUCGCCGACGGUGGCACCAGCGGCGCUCUCAUGCCCCCACUGUCGCCCCUCGGCAGCGCAGCUGGUGGCGCGCGAUCGGCGGCAGGCGCGCGCGGAAGGCGCGCGGCGACGAAGCACGCGAGUCUGGGUAACCAGGAGUACGAUCGCAUGCACGUCGCCACCUCGCCGGGCCCGGGCAACCCCAGCCUGUCGCCGCUCAACGCGCCCGCCGUACCCCGGGCAGGCGUGAAGCAGGCGGCUGGCGGAACGCGCGCUGGGCUCACCCCGGGUGCCUCCCCGCCGAGCGGCGGAGACAUGGUGAGGGCAGCGGAAGGCGCGCACGGGGGAGCCCGGAGGGCGUCGAAGCACAUGAGCCUGGGGAAGGAAGACUACCUGCGCAUGGAGGCCGCGGGCAGCGGAUACCUGCCCUCCCCCUCCCCGCCGCCGCCCCAUGCCCGCGCCUCAGCCGGCCCUGGUGCUGGCGCUGCUGGUGCGGCGGCUGCUGGUGGUGCGCAUGCCGGCCGGGUGAAGCCGGGGAGGCGCGCGAGCAUGGGCGCGGAUGGCAUGGAGGCCAUGAUGCGCGCAGCGGCGGCGGCCGCCAGCGACGGCCGGCGCAAGAGCGUCGAUGACACGGCGGCGCCACCCCAGGGCUGGGAAAAGUCCUGGAUAGGCGGCGGCGAGGUGAAGGGUGGUGAGAGGCGGAGCGAGCCGGGUCGCGAGCGAACGCGCAAAGAGCAGAGAAACGAGGCGGAGGAGGGGAGGAGAGCGGGCGAGGAGGGCGGAGCGGAGGGGGGAGCGGCGGACGAAGUCGUGGGGGAGGACCCAUGCGGCAGUCCCGUUCUGGGCGUGCAGGGGCGCGCGGAGGAGGCGGCGUGGGCGGAGGAGUCGGCGGAGAGCGUGGGGGCGCGUAGUGGCGGGGAGGUGUCCGCGAGGGCGGGAAGCGGCAAGAAGGGCAGUCUGGCGCGGAGCCUGACGGAGGACGAGGAGGCGCGCGACGAAGCGCCGGCUGAGCGGCCGCGCGGGAAGUCGAAGGCGCAGGCGAGUCCCAAGGCGAGCCCGAAAGGGCCGAGCGGGCGACGGCUUGCGCGGCCGAUGGAGGAGGACGAGGGCGCGGAGGACUCGGGCGGAGCGGCGAAGGCAAUGGCGGGCGGGCGGGGGAAGGCGGCAGCGGAGGCGAGGGGCGCAGGGAAGGGGCGAGUGAAACCGCGCAGCAUGGAGGCGGACGAGGGGGGUGGCGAGGGCGAGUGUCAAGGGCGCUCCGGCGAGAGAACGGUGAGGGGGGAAGACGCAAAGGGCUUGGGCGCAGGCUGUGCGAAGCGGGGUAGCCUGGCGCGGAGCCUGCGGGACGACGACGAGGAGAAGGCGCGCGCGGUGGGGAAGGCGGGAGGCAGUCUUGUGAGGUGCCUGUCGGACGAUGAGGAGGAGGACGCACAUGCGGUAGAGGCGAGCAAGGCCGAGGGGCACGUGAGGGGUGCAGAGGGCGAGCAGCACAGCGCUGCUGGCGGAGCAAAGCAUAAGGCGGUGAUUGGCAAGUCAAGCAGGAAAGGUAGUUCACUUGUCCGGAGCAUGACCGAGGAUGGAGACGAUGAGGCGGAUACGGGCCCGGGGCGGGGACAUGACGGAGGAGAGAGCAAAAGCGGACGUGAGGUUGCGGGGCGGGGCGCGCAGGUGAGGGAACAGCGGAAAGGGAAGGUGCGGGGGGAGGGGGCGAGCCCAAAGGGGCGGGCGGGAGCGGAGAGAGAAAGUGGAGAGGGUGUGGCGCGCGGGAAAGCGGUGGGUGAGGCAGAGGAGGUCCGUGGGGACAAGGUGCGCGCGGUGGGGAAGGAAGGAGGCAGUCUGGUGAGGUGCCUGUCGGACGAUGAGGAGGACGCGGAUGCAGGGAAGGCGAGCAUGGCUGAGGGACAUAUGGCGGGUGGAGAGAGCGAGCAGCACAGCGCUGGUGGCAGAGCAAAGCAGAAGGCAGUGAACGGCACUUGUGGAAGAAAGAGUGGUUUGCUCGCGAGGAGCAUGACUGAGGAUGCUGACGAGGAUGCGGAUACGGGCGUGGCAGAGGGGCAUGGUGGCGGGGAGAGCGAAGGCGGACGUGAGGGUGCAGGGCGGGGCGUGCAGGUGAGGGAGCGGACGAAAGGACAGGCAUGCGCGGAGGGGGAGGGCGCAACCAGGCAGGCGAGAGGGGAGAUGGAAAAUGGAGAAGGUGUGGUGCAGGGGAAGAUGGUGAGUGGGGAAGAGGAAGUACAUGGGGACACGGCGCAUGGGGAAGGCAUGGCAGGAGGCAGCCUUGUGAGGUGCCUGUCAGACGAUGAGGGGGACGCACAUGCGGCACAGGGGAGCACGGCUGAGGGAAGUAAGGCUGAGGGGCAUGUGGCGGGUGGAGAUAACGAGCAGCACGCAGAUGCUGGAGGAGCGAAGCAGAAGGCGGCGAGUGCCAACGCGGGAAGGAAGAGCAAGCUGUUGAUGCGCAGCAUGACGGAGGAUGAGAGCGAGGAGGAAGCGGAAGUGCCCGCCAAGCCCAUGCCGGCCAAGCCCAUGCCGGCCAAGGUUGUGGAUGAGCCAAAGGCCGCAAGCCGGGCACAGGGGGCACGGGGAGGACAAGGUGGGGGCCGGGGAGCAGGGGUGACUAGGAGGGCUCCCCGUGAGGCGGGGCAGCGGGCAGGGCGGGGAGUGGCAGGGCAGCAGGGCCGGGCGGAGCAGGCAGCACAGAUGGCACCCGCAGAGGAGUUGCCAGAGGCGCAGGGAGGCGAGAAGGAGAAGGGGAAGCGAGGCAUUGGCGGACUGAUGAGCAGGCUCAAGGUCCUUGCCACGUGA